AUGAGUAGAACGAUGGCAAAAGAAGUUACCUUUUCAUAUUGUAUAAAAAAUUGGGAACAGAAAAAUGGAAAAAAAAUAUGUGAUGAAGAAGAAGUUAGUUUUAUUUGUAAUAUCCCUUUAAUAGAAAAAUUAGAUAACAGUAUUAAUACAUUAGACAAAUGUAAACGCUUAUCCUUGUCGACAAACAGGAUAGAAAAAUUAAUACCCAUGUCUGGUCUCAAAAAUAUCGAAAUUUUGUCUCUCGGAAGGAAUUGUAUUAAAAAGAUUCAAUACCUUGAAGAUAUAAGUGGAACAUUAAAACAACUAUGGUUAUCUUACAAUUCUAUUGAUAAGCUAGAUAAUUUACAGUCCUUAAAAAAAUUACAAGUUCUUUAUAUAUUCCAUAAUAAAAUAAAAAGUAUUGAAGAAAUAGACAAACUGAACACAUUGCCUGAACUUGUGGAGCUGGGUUUAAAAGGAAAUCCAAUAUAUGAAGGAAAAACAAACGAAUAUAUGAAAUUACUCAUUCUGAAAAAAUUACCACAAUUAAAAAUCGUUGACAAUGAAACGAUAACAGAAAAACAAAGAAACGAUGCAUUAACAUUUGAGAUUUUACCAUGA